AUGAAAGCCUGGUUUAUUACCGCUGUCCUUGUCGCACCCCUUGUUGCGGCUCUUCCGCCGGUUCCCAAGGAUGGUGAAUUGCAUUGUAUUGGCGCUUGUCAGCAAGGAGAUCCCAAUUCUCUGAUGGGCCGCGUCCUUGAGGCCAAGAAGGCCGAUUGGGAGCAAUGCGAAACUUCUACUUCAUUGGUUUGCAAGGCCCAACAGAACAGCAGUUCAUUUGCCCCCACUGCAUCCCUCCAGAGCGUCGGAUACAAAAAGUGUGCUAACGGAUUUGCUGGAGACUACCCAUGCAAAGGAGUCGACCUCCUAUCCUUCAUUCCCCACACCGAGCUCGGAAGCCAAGGUAACGGCAACGACAUCUGGGGAUGGACGGACCCAACCACCAAGCGCGAGUAUGCCAUCAUCGGUCAAACAGAUGGCACUGCCUUUGUGGACAUUACCAGUCCAUCGUCCCCAAUCUUCCUUGGACGUUUGGCCUCCAACGUCAACGCCAAAGUACCCUGGAGGGAUAUCAAAGUCUUUAAGGACCAUGCGUUCAUCGUCGCUGAUGACUCGUCCAAUGCACAUGCAUGCAGAGAAGUCGGAAAGACCCACAACAUUGCCAUUAACGAGGAGACUGGGUUUGCGUACCUUGUCGGCUCUCGUACCUGCAAUUCGGGUCUGCACAUGGUAGACAUUAAUACCCCGGCCGCUCCCAAGUUUGUUGGAUGCGCGAGCUCUGACGGCUAUACCCACGACGUUCAAGUCGUUAACUACAAGGGACCUGAUUCUCGCUACCGUGGUCGGGAGAUUGCGUUCGCAUCCAAUGAGGAUACUGUCACAUUCUGGGACGUUACUGACAAGUCGUCGCCCAAGAUACUCUCUCGCACUGGAUACACGGGUGCUGCGUACACUCACCAGGGAUGGCUGACCGAGGACCAUCAGUACUUUCUCGUUGACGACGAACUCGACGAGAAGAAUGGUUCAGACAAGCACACCAAGACCUACAUCUGGGACGUCCGCUCCCUCACUGCUCCCAAGCAUAUUGGUACCUACAGCGCCCCGGUAACCUCAAUCGACCACAACCUGUACAUCAAGGGCAACUAUGCUUACCUCGCAAACUACGGCUCCGGCUUGCGCGUCCUCGAUAUUUCAAAGGUUGCGCAAGCGAAGCUGCAAGAAGUUGCUUACUUUGAUGUCACCCCCGAGAAGAAUGAGGCCGUCUUUGAAGGAUCUUGGUCUAGCUACAUCUACUUUCCCUCUGGAAACAUUGUUGUGAACUCUAUUGAGAGAGGAUUCUUUGUGGUCAAGACGACCACCAUUUAG